UUUUUGUAAUGCGCAACGCUCAAACAACGUCACGAGGUUCGCGACAAAAAUACGAUAUACACUUCAGUAAGCGUUUAAAGAUUUUAUUUCACUUAGUUCAUGUGAUUCUUGUCGGUGUGACGUCACGACCGGGCGCGCUCACAGGGUGUUCUGACGUCACAUUCUGGAGGACACGAGCGAUUCUGCAGCUGCUGCGAUGACGUCGCCAGCCCUGUCGUCGAUGUGAGAAUGUUCUGGACGACCUGAUAUCUUCAUGCACCUCUCACCCACUAACUCUGCUUCCAUGGCAACGGGGAGAAAAGACUCCACCUCUAAAGGCGGCGGCGUGCGUUUCAAUGACAACGACCAGCCCACACCAGGCUCUCCGACUCAGCGAGAUGACCAGUCCGACACCUCUUCCCUCAUCGCUGUCCUGGAGAAAGACGGCAGCUACCUGGUGAAGGCUGGUUUCCUGCGGAGCCACCACUGUUACGAGGUCACCUUCACCCUGCCAGAUGUCCCGGCUCUGGGUAAAGAGCCCUCCUGUCUUCCUACUUCUUCACCGUCACGAAAACCUCCCAACCUCAAGGUCCGACGAAUCAACAAAACGCUGGAGGGUGGACUCAAAGUCACGUGUGAGUACAAGACUCACCAGGAGGGGGUGCUACAGGAGGAGAUUGCAUUGGGAACUGGAGCGAGGAAGGAAACUCGUGUCAAGGUCAAGUUCCAGGCCAAGGUCAUAGACCCGCAUCAUGGAACCCCAGUGCUUCUGGACGGGGUGAAGUGUUUGGGCCCCCAGCGAGGCAUCCACACCAGGCGAGGCAGCGAUCGCAAGAAGAUGUGACGAGACGCAGCGCAGCUUUUCUGUUUGCUUCUGAGUAGAACAAUCACAUUACAGUUUGUGCUUGGUAGUUCGGGAAGCCAUAAUGUCUCUGUGGGGGAGAUACUUUGAACCAGCACCAAGCUCGACUUGGACCACCUCUACGCCCGGCACUGACUUGUGAACUCAGGUCUCAUUAAGUGAAUUUUGUCUCAGGUUUCUUUGGAAUUACUUUGAGUUUGGGAUUACAGAGGAGGCAGGGGAACCAUUUGGGCUCAAUGUUAGCAUUCACUUUAAUCAUGGAGACACAGUUAGUCCUCAUGACAAACUGUUUGUAACGUAGCUGUUACAAACUGCAGUCUCGCCAAGUGUCUGGGUGAUUGGCUGACAUCUAUGGCGCCAUCCCAGACCAGGAAGUAGCCUCAUUCCGUGAAGGUGAAAAGCUUGUUCAUUAAUGUGCAUUUUCCACUGGAAAUGAUUGAACAAAUCUUCUGAGAAGCAAAAUGUCAAGUCCCUCAAUUAAGUUCCACUUACUCAAGCGGACAGGUUUGGUACCUACACCAUCAGUUAGCUGGCACGCAUGCUAAAACAUGACGGAGGUGGAGAAACAGAGCCACAAUCUUCGGCAGCUUAGCAGAACCGCUGACUGGUUCAGUCGAGCAGGGGGAGAGAGAGAGAGAGAGAGCUAUAUCAACAUGUGCCAAUGGUAGCUGCGAACACAUUUGAGUGCCGGGCGUCAACACAAUCUUUCAUCAGGGCACAUUCUCUUUAGCUAUUCAUGACUUGACUGAACGUUGACACCGUCAUGGGCCAAAGACUGUCCAAACUAUCGAGGUAACCACAUUGUUUAAAUCCAUGUAGAGACAGCAGAUCUAGCACCAGUUACUUGUGGAAUAAAGAUGAGUGGAAAACUCAUUCGCUGUGGAAGCCUCUCCUUACUCCCUCAGUCACCCAGGAGAGACUCAAACCUGCAGCGGAGCCCUCUGUAUUGCCUGCGGGACCAGACUCCAGCGGAGUGACGGGGUUAAUUCAAUCAGAAAAGGUCAAAUUUAUUCUUCAUGAUUUCACAGUUAAACGCCUCCAAACAACCCGAAACCCCUAUAUUGACGUCAGCUACAGUUAACAUGGGUCAUUGAUUAUCAGGAUCAGGACAGGAAGUUAAUUUCAGUCUGGUUUCAAUGAGUUAAAUCUGCGUCAUGGCAACAGGACAGAUGAUCAGAGGGGCUUCGUUCCUGCCCGACUUAUUGGUGCAGGGGCUGAAGAAAGGGUGGAUGGUGUUGUGGAAAGUGUCAUUGAACGUAUAGAUCAGCAUCCUGGCGUCCACGUUGUAGAAGGAGACCAGACCUUUGUCACAGUCCACGUAAAUCCCGAUACGUGUGGGUCUCUGGUUCACCGUCAGGUUGGUCGAAGGUUCCGUUCGAAACGCAAAGUCGGUCCGAUCCCUCAGGCUGAGGAACCAGUACCCAUGAGCCGGACUCACAGUGAUUUUUCCUUUCCUGCUGAUGGACCGACUGGCCACUCCGAGAUCCCAGUCAGUUUUACUUCCAACCUCCACCUGGAUGGAAGAACAAGCGCCAUUGUGUAAAGACCCACCACUGGAGACGGUCCUUCACUUACCUCCCAGUAAUGCCGCCCUGAACUAAAGCCCUCACGAGCCAGGACGCACACCACCCGGUCAAAACGCUCAGGGUUGUCAGGUACGGCCUGAUGGCGCUCGCCGCAGUACACCUGCUUCCCAUCUGGUGACACCACCAGACGGGGGUGGGCCGUGUUGGGGUCUAGUGUGAUGUCAUCUGGCAUGUGAAGACAAGUUAAAGAGCAAGUUGCUAAGACCAUGAUACGUUUAAAGAAAAGAAAACCACGAAAACACACCUGCAUAUUCCUGCACUCUGCGGACCUCUGAAGACAAACACACAAGUUAAUCAUCAAAUCUUCCCCCAGGAUUUCAAUUUAAAUCCAUCAUCUUACUUGGGUUUGCUUUGGGAACAGACUGCUGGGAUGACACUUGCUGGCCUGCAAUAGGACACCAGAGGGUCACCUCAGCUGACAGGCUUAUGGAGUGAGGUGGAGAAGAGAGUGCAGGCAGAGUGCAGAGCAGGACUGUCACAGAGGUAUGUUUAGCGCCUCAAGAGUCAGAAGAGUCAGAGAUGAAGUGAAUAGAAAGGGCUGAAUGAGAAGUCGGUCCAUCAGUGGGACAGUUCAGAGACAAAGUUUGGGAGACGAGAUGGUGACUGGAGUGGAGAGACAGUUGGAGAGGACGACCACCAAUGAGACGAGGAGAACAAUAACAAGAGGAAUAGGGAGAAAAGGACUAUAGUCAGU